GCACAUGUUUGUUUUGAUUUAGCACUCGUGCGCGAAACGGUCGUGUUUCGCAUUUCGUCGUCACAUUGCGAACGAAAGUUUAUUCAAAUCGAAUCUAAAAUGGAAUCGGCGAGCAAAAAACCUAAAAUAUCCGACAAGGAACGAUUGGAGCUGGCGGCAAAGCUCGAUAAAGAUUUAGACCAGUUUAUCAAUUCCCUGGAGAAACGCAGAUACACGGAGGGAUGGCCCGAGGAUCGCUGGGAAGAGGAAAUGGCCAAGCAUCCUUUCUUCAUGCGCAAAGCUCCUGAGCCUGGAGAAGAACUAAGUCCGUUGAUGGAGGGUUUGCAACAGCUCAAGUAUGAUCCUGAAGAGAACACAGCACAGGAAUUGGCAGAGGCUUACAAAGACGAUGGUAAAUUCUACAUGCAACACAAGAAAUUCCGUUUGGCUGUGCUAAGUUAUACGGAAGCAUUGAGCUUCGGUGUCACCGAUCCGGAAUACCGGGCUGUCCUACACAACAACAGAAGUGCUGCAAAUUUCUUUCUCAAAAACUACCGCUCUGCUAUGCUGGACGCCCAAAAGGCACUGGAACUCAAACCGGACUACGAUAAGGCGCGCUGGAGAGCUGCCCAAAGUGCUGGACUAUUGGACAAAUUCGAUGUGUGUAUCGAACAUUGCGAUGAAAUACUCCGAAAGGAUCCAACUAAUGGCCAAGCCUUAGAGCUUCGAAAAAGCACACUGGCCAAAAAGACCGCAAAGGAAAGGGAUGCCCGAAAAGCGGCCCUUCAAGAACGACGUAAGCAGGAAGAGUGGGAAAGGACAAUUGAGGCUCUAAAAAAAAGCGAGGUGAAGUUUGAAGAGCCGGAUGCGUUAACCAAUGUCAAGCGGCUGAAGCCCAGGUUGGCUCCGCUGGAAGAUUUCACGGUUAAGGCGGAUGGCAAUGGAGUGCUACAUUGGCCUACGGUAUUCUGCUAUCCUCAGUUUUUGAGCACGGAUUUUCAGCAACAGCUAUCAGAAGAGUGCACAAUGGAGGAUGUUCUGAUCAACAUGUUCGAAGAUCCGUUGGAAUUGGAUAAGGAAGGACAAUACGUGCCACACAAAUUGAAUGUGUACUACGAAAACCGACUGGCUGGUCGGGUGCACAAAGUUGACGUCAAGAAAACUAUUAAGGACAUCAUUCGUGAAAAAACGUUUUACGUCUACGAUGGAACAUUGGCUUUCUUCAUUCUUCCAAAAGAAUCAAAGCACGAGGUGGAAUUUCUGAAUCAAACUCGAGUGCCUUUACGUUUGAAGUAAGAUAAUGAGACAAGUCUUAUAAAACUUAAAAACGGAAAAA